CCAGACUUAAGCUCCAUUCUAAUUUUUAGCUUUGCUCAUUCAUCGACCAAAACCAUCUCUGUUUUCCCCUGUUUCUAUUUUCCAGCCUCCCCUGUUCUCUCUGCCUCAGCUGUUUUUAUUUUUUACUCUUCCCCUGCUCCUUGACAAAAUGCGGGCUGACAUAUCUUCGUGGAUGUGGUUUCUGUUCACGUUAGCCGUGAUACUCGCCGCGGUUUCUCCGUCGUCGUCGACAGUGAGCUUGUUAACUACUAAUGUUCUCCAUUGGGAGAUGUCGCGGCUUCCUAAUAUGGAUCAACUCAGAGCUCAGGACCUAGCCACGCAUGCCCGUCUGUUUAGCGGUGUCCCCGACUUAUAUGUCUUCGGAUCCGCCGUUCCCGGCCUCUACGGGAUUUACUACACGAAAGUCAAGCUGGGCUCUCCUCCUCAAGAGUUCAGCUUGCAGAUAGAUACGGGCAGUGAUCUGCUUUGUGUCAACGCCAAAUCUUGUGCUAACUGCCCACGCUCCAGCAGUUUCACGGUUAUUGAUGUUGUGGUCUCACCAUCCGCGACUCGUAUAACAAACGAGGGAUGCCAGUGUUACUUAAUUAGUUCCAGUGUAUCUCAAGUAUUUCCUGUAUCGAGCUUUAAUUUUGCCAACCACGCUUCUCUCAUAUUAAAACCAACAGACCACCUUCAUCAAUCCUUUAUGGAUUUUGGUGGUAUGUGGUGCAAUAGGCUUGGUGCAGAAGUCAGGAGUGACUAUCUUAGGAGAUCUUGUUCUAAAAGACAAGAUUUUCGUGUACGAUUUGGUCCAUCAGUAGAUUGGAUGGACCAACUACAACGGCUUGAAGGCACCAAAUGUCUAUGUUCCUAAACACCCAAGCUAAAGUUGUUCUACUGACAUGCCGAUGCCGUUGAUGUUGCUGCCUCUAGCAAUAUGCAUCAUUCUCUUCUUACAAAUAUCACCGGUGAUUGAGAUCAAGACAAUGUAACUUAUUGUUCAUUACGAAGGAGAUUGGUAUUUUAGGUAUCUUAUCCAUGUAGCAUCUAUACAUUCUCUGAACGAGAUUAUCAAUGAUUUAUUCCUCCUCGUUACCCUUAUUCGUGGCCUUGUUAUGGUGUGAGCUACUAAUGAGACGGGAGUGUGCCAUUUGGCAGGAUGUUAUAGUAGUACAAAUAAAACAUUACCUUGUUUGUGAUUUAGAUUAGAAAAGAAG